CUAGAUUUUCUAUGUAAGAGCAGGGACAGCUGGAUUAAUGGGUGUGUUGUGGGUGUCACGUGAUCGCCACGUUGACUCAAACGGAACACUUUGGUAAUCGGGCCUCGACGGUCACCACCAUGUCCCUCGUCGCUGUUCGCAUCGAGCUUCCUGCCCACUCCCAGUCUUUUGUCGUCGAAAUCCCAGCCGGGUCAACUAUUCUUGAUGUCAAGCAAGCAAUAUUCGCUCGCUGUGCGGGACACCCUCGACCAGAAGGGCAGCGUAUUAUCUGGAGGGGACGAUACCUGAGCGACGCAGAAAGAAUCGAUGAACUGUGGCCCUCAUCAGAUGAACAGCGUAUCGUCCACUUGUCUGUGCAACCGUCGGCGUGGACUACUGCUCCACUUGCAACCUCCUCAUCUUCUUGGCCUUCUCCCAGUAUACCCAGCCUCAAUCCGCAUGUUGCUUCUCCCAACCGCAAUGAAACACCCUCUCCCCUGCUUGCGAAUGUCGAAGAUCUUGCGUUUGUCCAUUACAAGCACUGGCAAGCGCUCUAUGUCCUGUCGGAUUGUAGGCUGGCCCCACCAGUGGCAAUAUCUGAUAUUUCUGCAAGACGGAACACGGCAAAAUCAGCACUGGAAAGGAGGGGGUGGACAUGGCCAAUUAUUCUUGACAGUGAUUUCCCAUACGAUGUUGCCACCAAUCAAGAUCGCGCCGCCUAUGAAGUCGCUAUUGUCCGUGGAAAACCCUACUUAUGUUUACGAGAACCAAGAGGAACGCCCAACAAUUCACAACUGCACGCACUCAAAGUGUUGACAUAUACCUUCUCUAUAUUGUCACUCCCAGCUGCGGCACUACCUCUUCCCACUCCUACUAUUUCAAACACGCAGUCCCUUCCUCCAGAAAUCAAUGAGCUACUUCAGCAUUUGAGACUCCCAACGUUGAGGACGGUACCAAACGUAAAUGUUGAUGUCACCGCUCAAACUGGCCCUGUACCCACGGGUCCGGCGGUUGCAGCACGCGCAGAAGCAAACCUGAUGAGAGAAGUUCCACUGCGAGCGCUGCUUGCGCCAUUGCUGAUGGUGGUGCUUCGAACCGUACUCCUGCUAUAUUUCUUUUCCCCUACUCGCAAGCCUUUACUUGGACUGUGUAUCAUUGCGUGGAUCAUCUAUGAGAUGUGGACCCACAUCCGGAUUGUCAUUUUGCAACCGUUGAAUCGGGGUGAUGGUAACGCCGCGCCUGUGGACCAAGCGAGGCCUGCACCUGCACCACCGCCUCCUCCAGCAUUAAAUGGCCAAGACAAUGGACAUGUCCCACCAGGCUCAAGAGCGCCUGAGGCAAGUCAUGCUCAGCCGGAUGGCGAGCGAUCCGCUCAAGGACCACCUGUUCUGAGUCAGCCCAAUGGUCUACUCGGCAGCUUGGCCCUCAUGGACAUCCAUAACGAAAAUAAAUUACUGUGGCCUACUCAACCUGCAAGAGUCGCUGACCCGCCCACCCUCACUCAGAAAGCUAUCAUGUUCUUGUCUCUCGGGGUUGCCACCUUACAUCCGGAGGUGUAUAAUCGGAGAAGGGUUGCCCUCCGCCAACGUGAAGGGCGGUUACGGACAGAGAUGAACGCAAUGGAACGUCCGUCAGUGUCUACCGGAACCAUGGAAUCAAGUGAGGAUGGGUUGAGGAGACAGCAGUAUUGCGAACAGCUUCAGACUCAACAUUCUCGGCGCCCAUCGUGGGUCAAGGACUACGUAAUCCGUGUCAGGGCAGGUGAUUGGUUAGACGAGUAGAGUAGGUUGCAUAUUUUCAAUAAACACAUCCGCUUUCCAUGGACCCGAUUUUGACAUUAGUGACAAGUAAUCCCCGAAUCCCUGCGAUGAAGUCUGCGGAAAUCACGCAGUUGUGGUCUACUCACUCUCAUCGUCCUCAUCUUCAUCGUCAUCGAAUUCCUCUGCUUCGUCGUCGAUAAAUCCAUUUAAAACUGGGGCGCUGCUUCCGGAAUCGGAGUCCUCUCCACCCUCUGAAUAUUCCCCGUCUUCUUCCCCGUCUUCUUCCUCGCCGCCCAAUUCGAUGUCC